AUGAGAAACAGCGAAAACUCCACUCCUAAGAUAAAAGUAAUGAAGAAAGGUUUGAUUUCUCAGACAGAGCUUCCAAGAAUCUUACGGAUCUCCGUCACUGAUCCAUACGCCACUGAAUCAUCAUCCAGCGACGACGACGACGAAGAAGAAUACCACAACAUGGUCUCGAAACGACGACGUAUCAAGAGAUACGUUCAUGAAGUAACCUUUGACUCGCCGUCGUAUUCUAUUGAAAACCAAAACGUUGCAGUUUCCAAGAAAAUAGGAAACUCAGGUUCGACGGAGAAGAAGAAGAAGAAGUACCGAGGAGUUCGGCAACGGCCGUGGGGUAAAUGGGCGGCGGAGAUACGCGACCCGACUCGCCGUGUACGGCGAUGGCUCGGAACGUUUAACACGGCGGAGGAAGCUGCUAAAGUUUACGAUCACGCCGCCAUACAGAUACACGGCAAAGCCGCUGUUACUAAUUUUGCUACCGAUUCUAUUCCGGCGGAGCCACUGUGCGUCGCCGCCUGUAUCCAAUCUCCGACUACAGUUCUCCAUUCCCCGACUUCCUCUGAUUCCUUGUCGAAUUCGCCGGCCGGAGGAGAAGAUCGCAUUACCGCGGGGACGGAGACGUUUUUCCCGCCAGUUGAUUCCGUUUUUCUCGGUACUGAAUUCGAUUAUUCAGUUGAAGAGUGUUUCUCUGUCGGGUUCUCAAAUCGGAACAUGGAGGAUCGUUUUUAUGAUAUUGGUGAUUUGUUCAGGUUUGAUCAUUUUCAAGACUUUGAUGAUUUCUUUGGGUAA